ACCCUAUCCGCCGUUUUCUUUUCCAUCACUGCAACUUGUUGUCCGGAGAUUCCUCAUGGCGGAGCGUGGCGCUGGAGACCGUGGAGGCUUUGGCCGUGGAUUCGGGCGGGGCCGCGGGGAUCGGGGCCGCGGCGACCGCGGUCGCGGUGGGCGACGCGGCGGGCGGCGCGAUGAGGAGGAGAAGUGGGUGCCCGUCACCAAGCUUGGUCGCCUCGUAAAGGAGGGCAAGAUCACCAGCCUCGAGCAGAUCUACCUCCACUCGCUCCCCGUCAAGGAGCACCAGAUUGUAGACACUCUCCUCGGCGGUCGCCUCAAGGACGAGGUCAUGAAGAUCAUGCCUGUGCAGAAGCAGACUCGCGCGGGGCAGCGCACCCGCUUCAAGGCCUUUGUAGUCGUCGGUGACUCUGACGGCCAUGUCGGCCUCGGCGUCAAGUGUGCCAAGGAGGUCGCCACGGCUAUCCGAGGCGCAAUCAUCCUGGCUAAGCUUUCAGUGGUUCCUGUCAGGAGGGGAUUCUGGGGGAACAAGAUCGGGAAGCCCCACACUGUUCCGUGCAAGGUUACUGGGAAGUGCGGAUCAGUCACUGUCCGCCUUGUUCCUGCGCCGAGAGGUGCAGGAAUUGUCGCUGCUCGUGUUCCGAAAAAGGUUCUUCAGUUUGCUGGAAUUGAGGACGUGUACACUUCAUCCCGUGGUUCCACAAAGACUCUUGGAAACUUUGUCAAGGCUACGUUUGAUUGUCUCAUGAAGACCUAUGGGUUCCUCACUCCUGACUUGUGGUUAGAGACUCGCUUCAGCAAGUCUCCCUUCCAGGAGUACACAGACUUGCUAGCCAAGCCGACCAAAACGAUUCUCAUCGAGAACACCGAGAGGAUUGAAGCUUAGGAUCUCAAGAAGUCAGUUUUCCCUACCAGAGACCUAUUUAUCUCCAACAAUUAUGAUUCAAUAGUGUGUUAAGGACUUGGAACCCUUGUUUGUUUAUCUCCUGAAUUUUAUGUUUUGGUUUAGUUUGUUGCUUGGGCAUCAACCUCUUGAAGAGUUUUAUGCACCAUUACAUUGCCGUCA